AUGGUGGGUUGCAGUGCUGACGGGAACCUGAAUGAGGAGAUGUACACACGUCCCCUCCCGUGGAUCGGGCUCUACGUAGCAGCAGCGUCCCUCGCAUGCGCAAUCGCCAUGGCAGCCGACCUCAUCCACGGCAUCCGCAACAGGAGGUUCUGGUUCCCCACCAAGUUCUUCUCCAUCAACGCCACUUCUCUCACCAUCAUCACAGUAGCGGUCAAAUUCUCCGUCGACCUCAACACUCCCAUGCCCAGCCGAGUCGACCAGCUCACCAAGCUCAGCAGCGGAGUCCUGCUCUGCGUGGUCAUCGCAAACUCCAUGCCGUCCCUCGGCACGGUCACCAACAAAGAAAUCAUGAUGAACAUCAUCGCCUUCGCGAUCUUGGUCAUCACGGUAUUUGUCAACAUCGCCAUCCAGUUGAUCACGGGAGUGAUCUACAUCUGCUGGAGGGAGCACGUUGCCGUGAUGGGGUUGAUGCUUCUUAUGCUGAUCAUACUAGGCUUCUCCGCUCUCGCCGUGCCUACGACGAAGACAGAGUUGGAGUUCAAGUACAAGAAAAGAUGCGACAUGGCUAUGCAAGAAGGGUCCAAAGAUAUGAACAGAAGAACGCCAGAGGAACUCAAAGAGGACCUGAUGAAGUUCUGGAUCAUGGCGCAUACCAGUAGCCCCCAGUUUGUGAUGGGCCGUUCAGUGACGUGUACGGCUUCCGGCGCGCUGUGUCUUCUCGGCGCCGCAGUUCUGGGAGAGGCGAUGUUGAGGUCGUUUUUCACGCCCUGGUCGUUUGAGUUCUGUGCAGGGGAGUCUGACUACAAAUGGUCGACGACUUUAGUUCUCAUAUCGCAGACGGUGGCAGUGGUAGUUGGUACGGUUGCUCCGGCUGUGAGAUGGUUCACUGCGGUGUCCUUCAGGUGCCCGAGAAAUGGGAAGAAGAAGAGCAACAAUGGAGGAGGAGGGUAUUUCAGAGUGGAGAAGUACUGGAUUCAGUUGUUGGUGGAGUUCAAAGAGUGUCCGUUUAUACAGAUUGAAAGCAAGCAGCUUAGGAAGGUUGCUCAUGAUGCCAAGCGCAGAUUCUUCGAUACGUGCAUUGGAGCUCAAAUCGGGAUAGUAAUGGUGUGCAAGUUGAUUCAGUUCAUCUCCAUCUUCUGCGCGGGAAGGAUUGUCUAUGUCUGUGAUUCCUGCAGCAAGUUGAAGAGUUUGUUACCAAGAAAUAGCAUUUCGGUUGAACCAGGAAUCGAGAGGAGAACGAAGGACGAAAACAAAAUUGAUUUGAGCCGGUUCGUUCUGCAUCUAGAGGGCGAGGACGAGCUAGUGGAAAUGACAAUGAGGAAGAAUUGUACUGCUACAGCUCACUGGUUGCAAAAGGGGAGAAAGAGAAAGCCGAAACAUCUUACUAACCUGUUGAGGAGAGCAAGCUUCGCAGAAGGAUUUAAAGGUGUGAGGGAAUUCGACUGCGAACAAGUUUGCAGCUUGGAAUGUAAUGAGCCUCCCCAUUGUUGGUCUCUCCCUAUAGUGACUCUGACAGCAAUUGCAGUUGCGCUUCCGAAUGUGGACACUCAUUCGGCUAACCAAUUGAUACGCAGCGUCCAUGAGGGCCUCGUGUAUGUCAGGCUCGUGGAAGAGCACCAGGAUGGAAGAGAAGAGCUUAGUAACGUGAUAAGAGCGGCAUUUCAUGUGUGGGCAGGUGUCGACAUCUACCAUAAAUGGUGUGGCGUGGAUCUGAAUGAACUGUCCCUGAAAUCAGAAACCACAAAAGAAGUACUGGAAGGGCUGGCAGAAACUGGGAAGAACAAGCUAACAGAGUUUAGGAAAUCUUAUCCAAGUCAAUGUCCGAGGGAAACCCCCUCGGAGUGGCACGCCAAGGCACUGGCGGCUAAUUCCAUGUACAGAAUAAGCAGCACGAUUCUGCAGAAUCAUCACAGGGACAGCACCAGUUCAGGGGAGAGGUUGUUUGCAACACUCAGCGUGCUGAUCUCCGAUAUAUUGGCAGCUUGCCUAACUAAUUUGAGGCCAGUGAUAUUCUGCAAGUGUUUGAAGAGCACAAUUGAAGAGAGGAAAGUUAGUGUGAGGGAAGCAGUGUACCUACUAGGCGAGACGGAAGAGAUAGUGAAGCUUCUUGACAAAAGUACACUGUCCGUUGUUUACUGUGACAAAAUCAGUAGCGUCGGUGACUGGCAUUCCUUACACAAAGCGAGUAAACCUCUGGCAAUCAUUGAUCAUCCAGCACUGGACGAUGCCGAUUUGUUCAAUGUGGGAGAUACAUAUUUAGCGAUCGACUGA